UAUCCGCUUAAAGAGCCGGAGGUGGAGGCAGCAGCAUGGAGCCCGUCCAGCUGCUUCAUGUCCAUCUAUGACUGUUUGUAUUUAUAAAACUCACUUCGUCUCUGUUCCGUCAAACGAUGUGAACUGAAGUCUUCAGUCAUUUUUUUAUUUUUUUAAUUAAAAGUGCAUCAAACUAACGCAAGAAGCAACUCCUGCUGUCUGCAGCUCACCUCAGCCACUGAGCUGUCACCAUCUCCUCUCUGCCAGAACAUGGCACUGGCCUGGCUCCUGUCUCACCUGCCCUACGCUAACCCGACCAGCAUCUCCACUGUCACACAUCAUCACGCCUCCUGUAAAGCCUGCUAAACGGGACUGCACACAAGAACCAUGCUGUCAGGGACAUGGCGGCGCUCUGUGGGGCAUCAGCAGCCUUCUGCCACUCCGGUGAUGAACACCAGGGGGAUGACGGUGUGUGGGGUCCCUAGCGGCACGGUGGUCCUCGAGGCCCAGUAUGACUACAACUACCGUGGUGCAGAUGGACGGCAGGUCUGCAUAAGGGAGGGAGAACGGUUUGUUCUCCUGAAGAAGACCAACACUGAUUGGUGGCAGGUACGGAGGAUCGGGGCAGCGAGUAAAGCAAAGCCAUUGUAUGUACCUGCUACUUAUGUGACAGAGGUGCCUAUUGCACCCAUGGCGUCGCCACAGCGCCUGGUAAUGUCUGCCUCGCUGAACUCCAACCUCAGGAUAUUGCCAAGAGUGUCACUCUCUCCCAGCCCUUCAGAGACUCCCUACACUGGACAGCAUCAAGUGAACAGACCCAUCUACCGCUCCAUGGAAAACCUCAACUCAAAUAGUGCCUUUCAGGGACUGGACAACAACACCACGAGAAUAGGUGGACGGCACUUCCCCACCCUGCCCCUCUCUGGAUUCGGCUUCACUCCCAACUCUCCCACCUCUCUGUCAGGCCACCUCAUGGCACCCGCUGCCUCCGGGGCUCAGACAGCGCCAUCGAACCCCAGGGUGGUCCCCAUGAUCACACGGAGCCAGAGCUCCAGCAACCUGCCUGAAAACCUGAUGGAGAACCCGUACGAUGAGGUGGGCGGAGGCUUCAGCAGUCGCGUCAACCACAGGGCCCCGAAGAAGUCCUGCAGCCAGUGGGACAUGGUGGGAGCAUCGGGCAAGAACAACCAUCUGCAGGUCCCAACAGAGUCGUACCUGUCACAACUUUCCUGGCAAAACUCUCCUCUUUACACUGAAGGCGUGGAGCCAGAGAAACAGCCGUCGCAGCCGGAGCCGCCCUGCCCUGCCCCGGGUCAACAGCCUCUUCAGAUCAAGGACCUCUGGGAGCAGUACUCAGACCCAGCUACAGGUAGACUCUACUAUUUCAACACCAUCACCAAGGAGAGGUCCUGGAAACCCCCUCGCCGGGCUCGUGGACGGACCAAUAACAAGACCAAUCCAGCACAGCCUCAGACUUUACCCAGGGACACCAGUCACCUUUCACUACCACUUUCUGAAACAGGCAAUAGAACUAUGCACAAGCUGUCACCCGAGUUCCUUUUUGGGAGCCACCAGAGGACAAAUGACUGUGGCUGGCAGAUGAAACAGAGCAUGCAGCGUGCAGCCUCUUCUGACACCGUGAGCAUGACGGCAUUCAGCAAUGCAGGUGCCCAGUGCCAUAAUUCUGCCACCGUGCAUGAUGUCAAGCAGCAGCUCAGCCACUCCCAAUCUAUGAUCCUGCCUGAGAAUGGCAAGCUGGUCCAGCAGUGCAGAGAUUACACCUGUAACGUGACCAACAUCGUCGUGGAGCCUCCCUCUCCUCAGAGCUCUCCAGACAGCGACGGUCACACACCGGAGUUGGAGAAAGCCGGCCUCUUGAACAAGACAAAGAUUGCAGAAGGAGGCAGGAAACUGAGGAAAAACUGGAGCCCGUCCUGGGUUGUGUUGGUUGGGAACAGUCUGGUUUUCUUCAAAGAUCCUAAAUCACAGACACCGUCCAGCUGGAAACCAGGAAACAGUCGCCCUGAGAGCAGUGUUGAUUUAAGAGGUGCACAACUGCACUGGGCCAAUGAGCUGUCCAGCAAGAAGAACGUCUUCAAGCUGAGGACAGUGACAGGAAAUGAGUUCCUGCUGCAGUCGGAGACGGACUCUCUGAUCAAAGAGUGGUACAAAACCAUCCAGAACGUCAUCGACAGGCUGGACCGUGAAAACCCACUGGACAAUGUCCUCCUGUACUCUCUGAGGCGAGCAGGCAGCGUGGAGAUGCUGGACCACAGUGGAGAUGAGGAUGACAGGAGAACGUCACUCCCUCGCUCGUCGUCCAACCUGGAAAACACGGAGAGGAAGAGAGUAAAGACGCGAUUGAAGAAGCUGAUCCUGAAGAGACCUCCACUGCAGGCUCUGCAGGAGAAAGGCCUCAUUAAAGAUCAGGUGUUCGGCUGUUGUCUGGAGAUGCUCUGCGAGCGGGAGAAGAGCACCGUCCCUCGCUUCGUCAAACUUUGCACCGAGGCCGUGGAGAGGAGAGGACUGGACACUGAUGGCAUCUACAGAGUCUCUGGAAACCUGGCAGUGAUUCAGAAACUUCGCUUCCUGGUGAACCACGAGCGAGCGGUGACUACUGACGGCCGCUACAUGUUCCCACAGGAGUUGGUACAAGAGGAGAAGCUGAAUUUGGACGAGAGUGAGUGGGAGGACAUCCAUGUCAUCACAGGAGCUAUGAAACUUUUCUUCCGCGAGCUUCCGGAGCCUCUGGUGCCCUACGGCUUCUUCACAGACAUCGUGGAGACAGUCAAGAUGUCGGACUACAUGGACAAAGUGGAUCGUCUGAAGUGUCUGGUGCUCAACAUGCCUCCCCCGAACCACGAUACACUGCUGUUCAUAUGCCGCCAUCUCAGACGAGUGUUGGAACAUUCAGAUACCAACAGAAUGACCACACAGAACAUCGGCAUUGUGUUUGGGCCGACGCUGAUGCGCCCGGAGAGGGACAACGGCAACAUGGCGGUGAAUAUGGUCUACCAGAACCAGGCGGUGGAGCUCAUCCUCAGCGAAUUCGACCACAUCUUUGGAAGGAGAGGCCCCCCUUGAUCUUUUUCGGACAGGGCUGUGGGGGGGAGGCUCCUGCAGAUCAGACGAAAGCACAAGUAGUGCAGCGUAUGUCCUCUUCGCCUGUUGACUCAUAUGGUGUAAAAUGGAUUUCACAUCAAAAGAUAAUUAUGGGGUAAAAAGAACCAGGACAGAAAGCUGCUAAUCAUGACAUCUGGCCUCCAUAUAAAGCCAUGUGAAAACAAUAAUAGUAAAACAAGCCAACUUUUAGCUGCAAUACUUGUGCCUUUGCCUGCAAAUGUGGAGCCCAGCCCUGAAGUUCUUUACUGCGUGAACAGACGCCUCCUUGUCACUUUUCCUUCAUGUUUCAGACUUGAUCAUGACAAAUAAAAAGCCAUAAAAAG